AUGACUUUUUGUGUUCCUCAUUUUAUAUAUAUCAGCGAAUUGAAUCUACCAAAACCAUGUAGCACAUCAUUUCCCAACAGAAAAGAUGACUUGAUGAAUUUCGAAGUUACCAUUCAGCCUGACGAAGGCCUUUAUCCAGGUGGAAAAUUUGCAUUCACUUUCCAAGUUUCUCCCAUCUACCCUCACGAGGCACCCAAGGUGAAAUGCAUGACAAAGGUGUACCAUCCCAACAAUGAUUUGGAAGGAAAUGUUUGCCUCAAUAUUCUAAGAGAAGAUUGGAAACCCGUUCUGAACAUAAAAACCGUAAUAUACGGAUUGUUUCAUCUCUUCUUGCAACCGAACUUUGAGGAUCCCCUCAAUCACGAUGCUGCAACCGUUUUGAGGGACAACCUGAAACUGUCCAAAUCCAAUGUGAUAAGAGCAAUGGUAGGUGGGCUUGUCGGUCAAACCUCCUUUCCCCGGUGUAUGUAGCUGCAACUUGCAAUAGGGAGCAGAAAGGUGCAGUAUAUUU